UGAGAUGAUUUAUUCACCACAGGUGAUUUAUUUCUAUAUCGGACAAGAUAGUGGAAUAGCACAAGAGUGUGGGUAUAAAGGAUAAAGAUUAUCUUAUAUUGUGAUCCCCUCGGAUUUAUUGUUGUAGUGGUUUUAUUCAUACAGGUAAACAAGGGGUUUUGAAGAUGGCGUGAGAGAACGAUAAAAAAAAGCAACCCAAGAGCUACCUCUUUUUUCCAUGUUUUGCCUUGAUCAUUUGAAACCCAUAUAACAAAUAUAACAGGGAAGAAUUUUAAUGUGGAGAAAACAUGUUUUACAAUGAACACCAGACUUGAUAUCAUAGCUGUGUUCUAUUAUCAUUAUUAUUAUAAAGCUUCUGAGAUGAAACAGAUUGUGCCUUAAAGCCCUUGUGUGAACCUGAUUGUGUCCAUAUGCAGGAGUGUGCAUCGGAGCAAUUUGAUCUGCCUACCCAGACAACAGAUAAACAAACCUAGCUUUGUUCACACAGCUGUAAAAAUUAUUUGAAAUAUUUUAAUACACUAGAGGAAAAUGUUAAUAUAUAUUUUAAUCAUCUGAUUAUUUGAAGGAAAAUAUUUACCAUUUUCGAAUUUCCUUGUCUUGGAUUACCAAAUUAGGUGCCAGCUUCCUGGAAUAAAUGUCAAAAGUAGAUGAAAAUGUGCAGAAUAUAAGAAAUAACAUGCCUCAGAAGAAAUUUUAUUGGUAUUGAGGAAGAUUGAUGAUCAUGUUUUUUAUGUUUUAAGCUCUUAUGAUAAAUUGAGAUGAACAAACUUGAAUGGGAGUAUUUUAGUGAAUUUUUUAUUGGUUUUGAAGAGAGGCUGCAUCUUUGAAGUGUACAUCUGUUAUUCUAUCAGUACAGAUCAGCAGAAUCCUAUAAAGUUCCUGGAUUUAUUCUUAAGUUUGUGAAGUUUUUAGUGAAGUUGAAACUGUGUUUAUUUUCAAUUCUUACUACUCUUUAUGAAACAAAACGGAAACCAUACAGUUCAGAUAAAGAAAGGCUAGUGUUUAAGUUAAUGAAGUUGUCACAUUGAACUUUAUUGCUUGUUAUUUUGGUAAGUUAAUCUCUAUCCUUUUGAAUGUGAAAAAGUUAAUUUCCUUUUAUGAGUUGUGUAGCGUGUCAAAUGAUUGGAUUGGAGUGUUAUUAUGUCGGAGGAAUUAAUCCCGCCAUUUACUGGCCCUAUGUCAAAAGAGACGGCUCAGUAUAGGGCAAAACAAGCAGUGGAAUAUUAUCAUAAGCAGUUAAAAGGGCAGGCUAAGCCAGAAUUACCGAAAAGACAAAAUCGUGAAAGGGAGGAAAAUGUAAAUGAUCAUCGUGAUAAAGUGAAUGGAUAUCGCGUUCAAUAUGAGCAUAACAAACAUGUAAAUGUUGAUGGUCGCCACAGUGCACAAACACAUUAUGAUCCACCACCAGAGCGAUUUGUGCGUGGUGGCCAGCGUGCGACUGUACAUGGAACAAAUUCUGGCCGACAGUGGCAACAAAAAUAUAGCAAUAAUCAUGUAGAAGUCCAAAACAAAAGUAACAAUGCAAGAAAUGUUGUACACCAUGAGCAUCGAUCAGGUUCUAAAAAGAGAUACAGUAGAGGGUUGCAUCGCAGUAAUAGCAACCUAGAAGAAAGUAUGGAUAACAUAAAUUUUGAAAAUUUAGACACUUCAAUGUCUUCUCGUAGAGAGUAUGGAAGUACUUCAUCAUUAGAUAUGAUGAAUGCAAGCACAAGUAGUGAUAGUUUCUUCCAGAUGUUAGAAAAUUUAAGACCUGAAAACACAGAUCAGAGGAGCCCGGCUCCUUCAAAAUUUAAGGAAGUUUUGAGAGGUUCUAAAGUGGAGGAGAAAAAUAAUAAUGUAUUUUUACGAAAUUUAGAAACUAUUGCCAAUGGCUCUGUAAUACAUAACCGUCCUAUGUCCGAUGAGGUUGAUGAAGGCGGUCAAAGUCCAAGAACUAAAGCAAAGUUUAAACAAAAGGAUAGAAAAUUAAGGUCUAAAUCUAUAACACCAGAUGUUGGUCCUGGUGUUUGGAAACGUUUUAGGGGUAAAAAUGAGACAGAAACAGGUAUAAAAUCUAGUGACUCAGUGCCUGAUAUUGAAGUUAAAGGGGAUGACCGAUUCCGGCGGAAAGCAUUUGUUCAUUAUGAUAGUCAAAGCAUUGGAUUUGAUGUUAACAAAGUAUUAAAAUCUAAACCUUCAUCCAUUACUUUUUCAAACAUAUCAACUGGGGCCUCAGCUGCAUCUGGUACGCGUGAAAGUUACGCUGGUGAAGCUGAUGACCCAGAUAUCAUUGCUAAUACCGAUGAUGGUGACGGUCGGAGCAAUGACCUUGUUCAUUCAUGUUCUUUUUUUCGCAAUGAAAUCGGUGGUGAGGAGGAGAGAAUAAUUGGAUUAACACAAAGUACUGCCAAUAAACUUGUGCAAAAUGUGAAAGAAAAGGUUAAGAAUCGAAGUGCAAUAUCAAUGAAUCGUUCGCCAGAAUGUUGUGGAGUGACUAUACUUGACUGUUCCCCAACUUCUGUCGGACAUAUCCUUCCACCUCACAUCAAAUACAAAUGUCAUGUCAUAGAAUAUGUAGAUACAGGUGCCUACUACUACAGACACUUCUUUAAUAGUCAAGACCAUCAGAAUUACUUUGGUGUAGACGACAAUCUUGGUCCAUUAGCUGUCAGUAUAAAACGUGAAAAGCUAGAAGAGCGAGAGAAUCAUCUUGGUAAAUGCGAGGCCGGGCUCUAUCAAUACAGAGUUAUUCUACGAACAAGCGAGCUGACCACUUUACGAGGAGCAGUUUUAGAAGAUGCUAUUCCAGCUUCAGGACGCCUCAGCAGCUCGCGUGGUGUACCAGUCAAAGACCUGCUUGAGUUUCUGGUACCCGAGGUUCAAGCCUCAUGUCUACGUCAAGCUACUGCUGGCCAGAAAACCUGUGAUCAGAUAAUGAAAGUUGAUGAACAAAGAAUUUUCAGCACUUAUAAAGUGGGCAUUUUAUAUUGCAAGGCAGGUCAAACAACUGAAGAAGAAAUGUAUAAUAAUGAACAUUCAAGUCCAGCAUUUGAAGAAUUUCUACAUUGUAUUGGUGAUAAGGUUAGAUUAAAAGGUUUUGAGAAAUACAGAGCUCAGCUUGACAAUAAAACGGAUUCCACGGGUACUCAUUCUAUUUAUACUACAUUCAACAACUCAGAAAUCAUGUUCCAUGUAUCCACCAUGCUUCCACAUACACCUAAAAAUCAUCAACAGUUAUUACGCAAGCGUCACAUUGGUAAUGAUAUUGUAACAAUAGUAUUUCAAGAGCCAGGUGCUCCACCCUUCACACCAAAGUCAGUGCGGUCACAGUUUCAACAUGUGUUCAUCAUUGUACGAGCCCAUAAUCCAUGUACAGAUAAAACUACAUACAGUAUUGCAGUCAGCAGAUCAAAAGAUGUGCCACCAUUUGGUCCCACUAUCCCAGAGAAUGCUAAAUUUUACAAGUCAAGAGAAUUUGCUGAAUUUCUUCUUGCUAAAGUUAUUAAUGGUGAGAAUGCAGCCCAUCAUUCAGAGAAGUUUGCUGCUAUGGCAUUACGUACAAGACAAGAAUACCUCAAAGAUUUAGCUACUAACUAUGUUACCAGUAACUCCCUCGAAUCUGCUUCCAAACUAAGUAAAUUUGUGAGUGGUAAGAAGAAAGAGAAGAACAGAGGAAAACUGAUACCAGAUAACUUUGCUCUUGGUGCUAUUGUCUGGCAUGUUGAGGUAGAGGAUAGUGGUAGAAGUACACCAUGUUAUCUCGGUAUAGCAGCAGAAACUAUAGUUGUAGUAGAAGAGGCUGGUAGAGAUGUGAUAUUUACCACACACUGUGGAUCUGUGAUAGGCUGGACCUCACAAUCUCUCAGUUUGAAGCUAUAUUACCAGCAAGGGGAAUGUUUAGCAUUGAAACCAGUGAGUGGAGAUAUGGAGGAACUACAGGAGAUUGUCAUUCGUCUUAGGGCAGUCACCUUUGGUUGUGAGACGGAAGAACUUAGUUUGAAGAGAAAUGGUCUCGGACAACUUGGGUUUCAUAUACAAGCUGAGGGCAUUGUCACGGAUGUAGAAAAUUAUGGGUUUGCCUAUGGGGCUGGUUUACGGAAAGGAAGCCGAUUGGUGGAGAUAUGCAAGGUUGCCACGGUUACGCUGACACAUGAUGAGAUGGUAGAUCUGCUGCGCACAUCCGCUACAGUUAAAGUUGUUGUGAUACCUCCAUUAAAGGACGGGGGCCCGAGGGGUGUGGUAAACUUACAUGCUAACCAUCACUAUUCCUCAUUCCCCGCCUUGAAUGCUGUCAUACAAGCUGAAUAUUCCCAUCACCAGAGGCAGGCACGAUCCUCAAGCAGCUCUAGUGAACCCAUGCUCUCACCUAUGACACCAUUGACUCCAGUAUCACCGCUAGAAUUGCCGCCUAGAGAAGUGUUCCAGCUGAAUGCUGCCCUUCCUAGUGCAAAGAAGGAAGUUCAUUAUCAGAGAGAAUACAAAGAGACAAAAACAUCCCACCACCGCCACCACAGGGAGCCACCGGAAUUAACGCAACAAGUUUCUAGAGACUCUCAGGAUUCUAGUCAUUACAACAGUUCAAGGGAGACCACUCCUAGAGAUGUUGAGGAAAGAUGGGAACUAAGGGAGAUAAUUAGGAAGAACAAGGACAAUGGGGAGUUGAGGGAAAGUUAUGAGAAAGAGGAACUUGAGUACAUUGUACAUGAGAGAGAAUCAUCGGUGUCAUCAUCACACAGUCAGACUAGUCAACGCAGCUCUAAUACACUGCCUCAUCAGAAAAAAUCAUCAUCAGCAUCAUCAGAUCAUAGAGGGGAGAUGAAAUCACCACCUAGUAGAACGUUUUACCUCACCGACUCUCCCUGGUCAUCAUCGAGUCUGCCUCGAGGCUCGACCAACAUGACCCAGUCCAGUAGUUACCAUGGUUACCAAGAUUCUACAGUAUCGUCUGGGCGAGGUUCCCUGUUCGAAGGUCGGGAAACCGUAGAUCAGUAUGGUUCAAAUGCUAGAGGUCUGGAUGACAGUAGUUACGGUACAUUGGAGGACCGACAUAAACGAAGUGGCUCUCGGGAUAGCCUGGAUCAAACGUCUCUUGGUGGAUCGAAAGAUUGGAGUGACAGUAACCAGCCUCGUAGACCACCUCCACCAAAAGAUAGUGCCCAUUGGACUGAGAGCAGCACCGGACUUUCCCAGACAACAUACCUCACUAGUAGCACCGAGAACCUCUACAGCAGCUCGAACCCUUUACCUACAGCUUCAUCUUCAUCAGCGGUUCUAACACGUAAACCACAGCCACCACCCAUAGAUUACUCCUCCGUCCAGCAUGGCAACUAUGCCCAGGAACUUCUUAAACAGUCACAGAACACUAAAUAUCUGUUGAGUCACGGGCACGAUUCUAGUCGCAAAGAGGGUCUGACCUCAGCAAACUCAAGUUCAGUGAAUCUAAGUGAUACUUCAUUUUCAAGUGGCGGGUCAGGACAAACUGCCUCCAAUAUGCCGCAGCCAGGGUCUUCAGGAGACUUGUAUAAUAGAGAUAGAAGUAGAGAGGAUUUAUCUGGCCGACGAAGAGCAAAUACCACCUCGUCUAAGACACACAUGUCUGGUGUUGGAAGAAGGGCAGAAUUGUGUAUAUCACCAUUGAGUAGCGAUCAAAGUAGUCCAAGGUCCUCUAACAAGGCUUUUGUAAAAACAAGACUGAGUAAAGCAAAGGGAACAAACAAUUUACAAGAUGACUUGAUGAGAUUAAUAGAUCCAGACAUUGCUGAAAGUGAUCUUGCUGGAAUACUGACAAGUAGAUCAUCAAGUAGAAGACUGUCAGGCCGCCUAGUUAGAACCAUGUCUGAUGAGAGCCUUCACAGUGGCAAGGGAAAUCUUUUUGACCAGGAUAUCCGAGAGUCAUUGUUUCCAGAGCGACGACAGGAUUUACAAGGAAGCAGGGAACAACUUAGACAACACAGGUUAUCUCCCCGUGCUUUGGGAGAUGGACCAUCUCGCGUUCCAGUGCCAGACUCUGCAGCUUCCCUGGAUUGGAGUAGUCUUGUUGACGUGGCAACAAAAGCUAUAGAAGGAUCAGAGGACCCUAAAGAUCGAAUCUCUUCUCCGGUUAACUCCACAACAUCCUCAUCAAGUUCAGCCAAUAAGUCAAGAGAUAUAAAAAUAGACUCAUUAUACAGACAGAAAAAUCAUGACCGCCCACCGGAUCCACCAACUGCAAGCAAUCCUCCGGUGUGGCGCUCUGUUGUAGCAAAUCCGCAGCAACGUAUUCAAGAAUUGGAGGCUAAAAUCACACAGCUUGAGGAGGAGCUUGCCCAGGAGAGACAAGAAAGU